GGAUAUCUCUGUUGUUUGAAAACCCUCGUGUGCGUUCGCCUCACUUUGUUUCCUGGAGUGCUGGGAUCUAUUUUGAAGUCUUUAAAUGGCAUCCACAAGGCGCCGCCGCCUUGUCCUGUGCUUUUUGGGAAUACUCCUGAAUUCUUUAAUCGGUGUGAUGUGCGAAGCGGAGCUCUCCUUCACGCUGGAGCCCAGUGACAUCAUCGCAGUGCAGGAGCAGCCCCUCAUGCUCCACUGCCAGGUGCACGGCAUCCCCCCCAUAACGACACAGUGGAGGCACAACGGCCUUCUUCUAACUCAGGACCAGCACCACAGCACCUUCAUCAACGGCUCACUCCUGAUUGGCCACUUCCAGAAGACCAAGCCUGACGGCUCAUCUGACGAGGGCGACUACGAGUGCAUGGCCCAGAAUUCUUUUGGGCUGGUCGUGAGCCGCAAGGCCCGGAUUCAGGCAGCCACCAUGGCAGACUUCCACGUCCAGCCAGAGUCGGUUCAUGCUGAGGACUCUGGCGUGGCUCGAUUCCAGUGUCAGAUCCAUGGACUGCCGGAGCCCGUCAUCAGCUGGGAAAAAGACAGCCGCCCGGUGGACACCAAGGACGAAAGAUACACUCUGCUGCCGACAGGUGUUCUGCAGAUCACUGGGGUGACCGAGGAGGAGAGUGGAAGGUUCUGCUGUGUGGCCCACAACAGUGCAGGAGUCAAACACAGCACUGAGGCAAUCCUCACAGUUUCAGGCUCCCAGUCAUCUGUCUACAAAGAGCCCAUGAUCCUGGUUGGCCCAGAAAACCUCACCCUCACCGUCCACCAAACCGCCAUCUUGGAAUGCAUUGCCACAGGAUACCCUCGGCCAAUCGUGUCUUGGAGCAGACUAGACGGCCGUCCCAUCGGUGUGGAGGGGAUCCAGGUGCUCGGCACAGGGAAUCUGAUGAUCUCAGACGUCGGCGUGCAGCACUCAGGGGUUUAUGUGUGUGCCGCUAACAAACCAGGGACUCGUGUUCGGAGGACAGCUCAGGGACGUCUGGUGGUCCAAGCUCCAGCUGAGUUUGUUCAACUUCCUCAGUCCAUCGCUCGUCCUGUCGGCACCACCGCCAUCUUCACCUGCCAGGCGCAGGGCGAGCCUGAGCCCCAGCUCACCUGGCUGAAGAACGGGCAGAUUCUGGAACCCGGGGCACACGUCAGACUCAGGAACAAUAACAGCACGCUGACAGUCUACGGCAUUAGCCAGGAGGAUGAAGCUAUCUACCAGUGCAUCGCUGAGAACAGCGCUGGCUCCACGCAGGCCAGCGCCCGCCUCACGGUGCUGUGGGCUGACGGACUGCCCGGUGUGCCCAGCCAUGUGCAGGCCGAGGCCCUCUCACCCACCACCAUCCUGGUGUCCUGGAAGGAGCCCGAGCAGAACACUCAGGACAUCAUCGGAUAUGUGCUCCACAUCCGCAGGACCUCAGACCCAGUGGAAAUUGAGUACGAGGAGGCCGUCAGUAAAGUGACGCUGCAGCAGAUCAUCAGGGAGCUGGAGCCCUCCACCAGUUACACCUUCUACGUCAAGGCUUACACAUCCCACGGGGCCAGCAAAGCAUCGGACAGCGUCACCCAGAACACGCACGGGGAGGUGCCAGCGCCGCCCUCCCUCUACACCAAGGUAGUGAACAGCAGCUUUCUUCAGGUGACGUGGGAGCCCUCCUCCAAGAUGGGUCAACAUCAAGGCUUCAGGCUGUUUUACAGAAGAGCCCACACCCCGCUGUUCACCGGUCCCAUCAGCUUCCCUCGCAACAUCACCCAGUACAACAUCACUCAGCUGGAUCCCUCACUGGUCUACGAGAUUAAAGUGCUUGUGUACAACCAACACGGAGACGGCAACGCCACUGUGCGAUUUGUCUCACUUCGGGAGGCGUUGGAGAAAUCUGUACUGGACGCCCCGUGUGACUGUGUCAAAGACGGACAGAGUAAAACAUCCACUACAGGCAUCAUAAUCGGGAUUCACAUCGGAGUCACCUGCAUCAUCUUCUGCGUGCUUUUCCUCGUCCUCAGCUACCGGGGCAGGUUAAUGAUGUGUAAGACAGUUCAGGCAACCCCCCAGGCGGGGCACAGCGCGGUGCUGGAGUCCUCGUCCUCUUCCCAGGGGGCCGCUGGGCUGAACAGGGCUGCCAGGAGAGAGAUGGAGGUCAACGGCAGCGCAACUGGAAAGAAGGUGGUGGACAGCAACGAGCUCGAGAGACUCUUCACUCAACCCCACACACAAGACUCCUGCAUGUCCGAAGCCUACGCACUGAACGAAACCCAGCUGUCGACGAUACCGCUGGACGAGUUUGUGAUGGAGCGGGACUCGGAGACGCAUUUCCAGGAGCCUCCCGCAGCAGGAGCGGGUCAGCAGGACCAAGGCUAAUCAUGUAUGAAGGCCGAUUCACACGACACUGUCCACAGUGUAGACUUAGACUCUUCACACACUCAGGUUGAAAAGUGUUUCCUUUCGAAGUAGUUUUUACUUUUUGUGCAAAGAUUUUUUAUUGGUAAGUUAAGGAGGAUCUAGGACUGUAUGCCAGAGGAUGUUCUUUUUUUUGUUGGCCUGUUUCUGGAGAGCUCUCCUCUGAUGGAGGGCUGUUUCAAACUAGGCAGGCCAGUUUGUUUUUUAUUUUUACAACUGUUUAUUCCCGGGCUGUCACUUUCUUUCCAGUCAAGUUUGAACACAUAUUUGAAAAACUGUUUUGUUCCAUAUACUUUAACUUUCCGCGUUGCCACACCGGCUUUGUCUUUGUUGUUGACUUUGCCACCAACGUGAAAGUGUAAAUGAAAACAAAAGUGUAAAUCCCCAAAAUACUUCCACAUCAUUAUUUCAAACAAUUGUUCUUAUUUGGGAGAAAAAGUGACGGCCCUACUCCUUAGCUCAUUUUCUGGUAUUGGGCAGCACAGAAUAGAGGGCCCACAAUAUCCUUGUUACACAAUAAUGAUUUUAUUUUUAAGUUCAUAGAUAUAUACAGUAAAUAUAUAUAUAAAUACAUAUAUAUCUUUAUCAUCUAUAUGUCAAAAGUGGUUAUAAGUUAUUGGUCUUAUUUCUACCUUUCUGUGGAUGUCAAAGACUCCUGCUGCCUGCUCUUACACCUACCAAUGAUUCCACCCUCGCGCUCUCAGAAGACUUAGCCUUCUUCCAGGGAUUUGAUAUAUUCUGUCUCAGGACUUUGUUUCAGCGAUAUCAACGUUUUUUUAUGAGUUCUCGGCCUCCAUACAGGAACUAGACUAGGCUGCGUGAACCUUGCGACUCAACAAAAACCUACCUCAGCCGGAAUGAAUGUGUUGCGGGAAGCUUUUCGGGACUUUACCUUCCCCUGUCCUCACAAUUACUUUACAUGCGGAGGAACUGCUUGGUUUGAAAAGUACGAGAUCAGGUGCCGCACUACCUCAGAUGUCAAGAACCUUCUCUCCUCUCCUGCUUGUCGAAAGCGAAACAAAAAAAGAAAAAUGAAAAAAACGAGAAUCCAACAUAAAGCACUUCCAAAUGCUGAAAGUUAAUGUUCUACCUCAAGAUAACAAUGUUAAUGUUGUCGCUGUUGUUGUUGUUUGUUUGUCUGUUUAUUGCAUAAUGAAAAAAACCUCUUUUCCUCACUCUGUGAAAUCCUGGCCUCCAUCUGUUGAUGAAUACAGUUUGGUGUUUGUGGAUACAAUGUCAGUACCUCAUGCAAGCUGACAGACUGAUAACACUGUUGUAUGGAGUAUGUCAGGAAUGUGUAUGAAUUGUGCUGUUCCAUCGUGAACAUUGUUUUUCUUUCUUUUAUGUUGAUUUUAUUUCAUUUGAAAGAUCAUAAUGUUAUUUUUUUUUCUAUAAACGUAGUUGCUUCAGUUGAAUGAAAAGACCAUUAGAGAUACACUGCAUUGCUCAUGAUAUUUCCAGGCCGAUUUACUGCUGAAUGAGAUGUGACGCGAUAAUGUUCAAUUGGACAUGAGACACAAUUUGACAGUAUACAGACAUGAUUGUGUAUAUGGGUUUGAAAUGAGCUGUGAGCGUGUGUAAUUGUGUGUCUGUUUAUGUGCAGAUAUUUUAAUGACUGAAUGAAUGUUUUCAUGUAUAUAAUGAGGAGUAGAAGAUAAAAAUUAAGCACAAAUCUUACCAAAAUGUCCCCAAACAUGACUCUGAUAUUGUAGUAAUCUACUGUCGUGGUUGGGCAUAUCGUGAAAUACGCUUAUUGGCUUUCUUUUGGUAGUUAGAUGAUACAACUCUGGGCUCUUGACCGGAAGUGUUGACUCAAAACUACUUUGUUCAACAAACAGAAGUAACCUCAGAAAGCUGAAACACAUAUUUCCUGAUAUGCUCAACUACUCCCCCAAACAAAACAGAAAUUUCGGUGUUAUUGAUAUCCCCAAAAUAACGAAAAACAAGCUGUUCCCACAAAACAUUGAACUGUUUCUUCAAAUUCAAUUGACAGCAGUGUAUCUCUAAGCUUCUUUUUUCCGGAAUAUUUGUUUCUGCAGUGCUCGUAGUGAUUUUGUUUAGCUGUCACAUUAUCUGCCUCCUUCUUAAACAGAAUAAGUAGCCUUUUACACUGCUGGUGCCCAGGACGCGUGACAGUUGCUGAUCAUCUGUGUCUAUCUUUAACUCGCUUCCCAAAACCGCUGCUCAGCUUUCUCCCUCCUGUCAACACUGACUAGUCAAAGCACUUCAGGAAGACUUUUACGAUAACGCUGGAGGACGACAACCACAGAGAGAGAGAGAGAGAGUGAGAGAGAGAGAGAGAGCAUGGUCACCGGGUAAACCAUCACAGGGUCUCUCUCUCAAGCUCUCUGCUGAGCGUCGUCACAAACUGUACAGGACUUGCUCUGAUGCUUACAGGGAUUAAAGUUCUCAGUCACUAUACUUCAGUCAAUUGGAUCCCAGA